AUGAUCAUGGCAGAAUCCCUGGGCCUCGUCACCAUCUGUCUUUUAGGAUAUCUACUCAGUGCUGACUGUACAGUUUUUCUUGAUCAUGAAAAUGCCACCAAAAUUCUGAACCGGCCAAAGAGAUACAAUUCCGGUAAAUUGGAAGAGUUUGUUCAAGGGAGUCUGGAGAGAGAAUGUAUAGAAGAAAAGUGUAGUUUUGAAGAAGCAAGAGAAGUUUUUGAAAACACAGAAAAAACUACGGAAUUUUGGAAGCAGUAUGUUGAUGGAGACCAGUGUGAGUCCAACCCAUGUUUAAAUGGCGGCAUGUGCAAAGAUGACAUCAAUUCCUAUGAAUGUUGGUGUCAACUUGGAUUUGAAGGAAAGAACUGUGAAUUGGAUGCAACAUGCAGCAUUAAGAACGGCAGAUGCACGCAGUUUUGUAAAAAAGGUGCUGACAGCAAGGUGGUUUGCUUCUGUACUGAAGGAUACCGACUUGCAGAAGAUCAAAAGUCCUGUGAACCAGCAGUGCCAUUUCCAUGUGGAAGAGUUUCCGUCUCACACACUCAGAAGCUCACCCGUGCUGAGACUAUUUUUUCCAACACAGACUAUGAAAAUUCUACUGAAGCUGAGACUAUUUUGGAUAACGUCACUCAAAGCAACAUAUCAUAUACAGACUUCACUCGGGUUGUUGGUGGAGAAAACGCCAAACCAGGUCAAUUCCCCUGGCAGGUCGUUUUGAAUGGUGAAAUUGAUGCAUUCUGUGGGGGCUCCAUCAUUAAUGAAAAAUGGGUUGUAACUGCAGCCCACUGCAUCAAACCUGGUGUUGCAAUUACAGUCGUUGCAGGUGAACACAACGUUGAAGUGAAAGAGCCCACUGAGCAAACGCGAAAUGUGAUUCGAGCUAUUCCUCACCACAGCUACAAUGCAACCGUUAACAAGUACAGCCAUGACAUUGCCCUUCUGGAACUCGACAAACCCUUAACACUGAACAGCUACGUAACACCAAUUUGUGUGGCCAAUAAGGAAUACACAAACAUCUUCCUCAGAUUUGGAUCUGGCUAUGUGAGUGGCUGGGGGAAGGUCUUCAACAGAGGGAGAUCAGCCACAAUUCUUCAGUAUCUCAAAGUUCCACUUGUUGACCGAGCCACAUGUCUUCGGUCCACAAAGUUCACGAUCUACAAUAACAUGUUCUGUGCUGGCUUCCAUGAGGGAGGUAAAGAUUCGUGUCAAGGAGACAGUGGGGGGCCCCAUGUUACUGAAGUGGAAGGGACCAGUUUCUUAACUGGAAUUAUUAGCUGGGGUGAAGAGUGUGCAGUGAAAGGCAAAUAUGGAAUAUAUACCAAGGUAUCCAGGUAUGUCAACUGGAUUAAAGAAAAAACAAAGCUCACUUAAACAUUCAAUUCCAAGGUUGGCUUCUUAUUUGGAAUUGAAAAUGGACAGGGUCCCUUACUAACUAAUCAUCUCCCCAUCCCUUGUUAGAUUUAAAUGCAUUCAUUCUAAGAAGGCUUUCUUCCUUACAGGGGAGAAUUCUGUCUAGAAGACAUAUUUCACUAGAGUAAGUAGAUUAGAAAAUGUGAUCACUAGGGAAACAGAUGGUGGUAGGAAAUCAUGACCAUUCCUUUAGGUCUAGCCCUUCACAAGGUUGUG